AUGGCGGCGGCCGUGGCGUCGCUGUACAGGCGGGUCCUCCCAUCGCCGCCGGCGGUGGACUUCGCUUCGCCGGAGGGUAAGCGCCUCUUCGCCGAGGCCCUGGCGGCGGGCACCAUGGAGGGCUUCUUCCCCCUGGUCUCCGUCUUCCAGACGCAGUCGGAGCCGGCCUUCUGCGGCCUCGCUUCCCUCGCGGUCGUCCUCAACGCGCUCGCCAUCGACCCGGGCCGCCGCUGGAAGGGUCCCUGGCGGUGGUUCGACGAGUCCAUGCUCGACUGCUGCGAGCCCCUCGACAAGGUCAAGGCCGAGGGCAUCACCUUCGGCAAGGUCGCCUGCCUCGCGCACUGCUCCGGCGCCGACGUCGAAUCCUUCCGCGCUAACCGGGUCACCAUCCACGACCUACGGCGGCAUCUCAUCCGAUGCGUCUCCUCCCAGGACUGCCAUCUUAUUGCUUCCUACCACAGGAAGGCUUUCCAACAGACUGGAACUGGGCAUUUCUCCCCAAUUGGUGGCUACCAUGCCGGGCAGGAUAUGGCGCUCAUCUUGGAUGUCGCCCGUUUCAAAUAUCCUCCACAUUGGGUUCCAUUGCAACUUCUUUGGGAAGCCAUGAAUACAACUGAUGACUCAACUGGACUUCUCAGAGGGUUCAUGCUUAUAUCAAGACAGACUGCAGCUCCUUCAUCAUUGUACACAGUGAGUUGCAGAGAUGAAAACUGGAAAAGCAUGGCAAAGUAUUGUGUUGAAGAUUUACCAAAUCUUUUGAAGGCAGAAAAUCUAGACAAUGUUCCAGCGCUUUUGUCCCGUUUAAUUGAGUCUCUUCCAGCUGAUGCUGAAUCUUUGAUCAAAUGGGUUGUAGAAGUUAGGAGAAAAGAGGAGGGUGGACCAAGCUUAAGCAAAGAGGAGAAAGAAAGACUUUUCUUGAAGGAAAAUGUACUACAGCAAGUUCGUGAUACCAGGCUAUUUGCCAUAGUCCAUGAUCAGCAGUAUGCUAAUAAACCAUGUUGUAAUUGCUCAUCGCCGAGCGAAGAAGAUUCCCUUACUAGGAUUGCAGCAGUUGUUUGCUGUCAGGGAGCUGCAAUGCUAUCAGGAAACCUUGUGCCAAGAGAUGCCUUCUGCUGCAAAGAAACAUGUAUGAAAUGUGUACAAGCGAACGGUGAUGGGCUUAAGACUGUUAUCUCAGGCUCCGUGGUAUCUGAAGGCAGUGAACAAGGUGUUGAUAUGCUUUUACCAAUGUCUUCACCUGGUGCCAGUUCAUGCAAUUCAAACUUGAAGAACAAUGUCAUCAAAUAUCCAUCAAGUGUGGAUGUUCUAACUGUUCUUCUGCUGGCUUUACAUCCCAACACGUGGUUGGGCAUCACAGAUGAGAAGCUGAAAGCUGAAUUUCAGACUCUUAUUUCAACAGACAGUCUACCUGAUGAUCUGAAACGAGAGAUAUUGCAUCUAAGGCGGCAACUCUAUUAUCUAAAGGCCUGUAAAGAAGAGGGAUGUGAAGAUGCCGAGCAGCCAUCGCCUAAGCAGCAGUCCUGA